AUGGGAUGUGCAGUCGACGCAUGUUACUCAACAGAGCCAUUCAGCACCACCCUAGUCGACAUUAUCACCACCAUCUCUGGCGGCAAGACCAUCACCACCACCCAAAUCUCCGCUGUCCUCACCACCCCAACACCUCCUCCCGCUCUCACAGGCAUCGACGACAACUCCGGCGCCAUCCCGAAAUUUCUCCCUAGCUCCGUCCCCAAAGCCUCCGCCAUCCCUAAGGAUACCAAGGACAGCGACGGUAGCGGCGGUCUCAAAGGCGCCCAACUAGGCGGCAUAAUCGGCGGGGCUAUCGCUCUCCUAAUCAUUGUCAUCAUCGCCGCCUUCCUCAUCAUCCGUCGCCUCAAGCGUGUCGAAUCCGCCAUGGAAUCCAAAAAGGGUUCCACAUCCGGCUACCACUCCAAAGCCUCCUACACCAAGACCUCCAAGACCGGCGCCUCCCAAGCGCAGAUGGAACAAUCCGGUCGGUUCCUGCACGUCAGAGCACCUUCGGACACUGAUAACGCCAGCGCCGAUCCUCUGAUGUUCAUGACCGAGACGAACACGCCCGGUGAUCAUACGACGAAUGCUAGCAGUUUGGCAGGGACGCCGCAGCCUGGUGCUCACGGUGUUGGCGACGGCAGUGGUAUUGGGAGACAUGGGAGGUCGGGGAGCGAUACUACUUACAUGGCUUCGCCUCACGGCGCUGGGAACAACAACGGGAGCGAACUGGCCAGUCCCGACCCAAACGCAGGGUAUUUCAACGCUGCUUCACCACCUCUUCCCUCCUCCCAUACUACCUCUACCUAUGCUGGUGGCCAUAACGGCAAUGGCAACGGCAUGCGUGAGAGUGUGGACAGCCAAAGCACAGGGUUGGGAUACCACUACAGCAGCACCCGCAACCAACACCAACACCACUGGCGAAACCAGAGUAACGCAAGCGAACUCUCCGCCGACGGAAGCGAGGUCACGCACGGAGUGGCAAGUCCCUUGGUCGGCUCCUCGCAUGCUAGAGGCGCGUCAGGCGGUACUAGUCACAGUUACACCCACAGUCACAGUCACAGUCACAGUCACAGUGGACUAGGUGACGUCCCGGAGCUAGAUUCCUCGGGCAUGUUCGUCGAGUUACCCGCCACCACCACCACCACCGCCAGCGCCUCUCUCCCGCCGCGAAACUCAUUUGGUCUGUCAUCGGCUUCGAGGAGGAGGCGGACUGGUGGUGGUAGUAACCCCAAUACCUCUACCCCUCAGAGCCCCAACACUGACAGCACCCAGCAACAACAAAACAACUUGGUAGACGUCCGCUCCGAACCAGAAACAGCCGAGUUCAUCACCCGUCCUCAUCACCAGCAGCAGCAGCAGCAGCAGCAGCAGCAGCAACAACAACAGCAACACACCUCUCUAGACGGCUAUUACGGCCCCGCAAAAAGACAAGUAGGCCAAACCACCGCCUCUGGACUAGGUUUUGUGCCGGAGAGGUGGGACGGGAGCUCACCGGGUGCGUACCCGAUGGGGUUUCCAAUGAUUAGCGUGCCGGGCUAUGGACUUGGUGUUAGUAGUGGUGGUGGUGGUGGAGGACCUGCUGAGGAGGGUCAUGAUGAGGAGAAGGAGGAGGGAGAGAGCGAUCUUGAUGAUGAUAAUCAUGAUGAUGAUGAGAAAGUGAACGAGGAGGGGACGAAAGGGAGAAAACAGCACGGGAGUGAGAAUGGGAAUGGGCAGCGGCAGCAAUGAUGACGAUUAUGAGGAAAGUAAAUCAAGUAAAGAGGUUCGUGGUAAGGUUAGAGGGUUUACGAUGUAUUGAGGGCAGACAGCAGUGGACGAAUGGGGUCCAAAGCAGCCCAGGGGAUGGACGGACUCCUAGAGUAGGACUGAUUGAUACCUAUGCUUGGAGAAAUGAUGAUACCCAGUUUAGUAUAUAGGUAGUUUGGAUUU